AUGGAUGCUGCCCUGAUCAAAGCAUCGAACUGCACCUACGACCCUGUGGCCAUCUUGAUGGAGGACGCCAAACCCUGCACCAACACCUAUGCCAACUGGCUGGUGCUCGUUCUCCUGGUGAUCUUCCUGCUCGUAGCCAACAUUCUGCUCCUCAACUUGCUCAUCGCCAUGUUCAGUUACACAUUCUCCAAAGUGCAAGGCAACAGUGACAUCUAUUGGAAAUCCCAGCGCUACAACCUAAUCCUGGAGUAUCACAGCCGCCCAGCCCUGGCUCCACCUUUCAUCCUGAUCAGCCACCUGCACCUUGUCUUCAAGCGCCACGUACGCAAGGUUCAGUCGGCCAAAGGGCGCCACUUCCUGCUGGAACUCUCUGCGGCCCAAGAU